AACACAAACAGGUCAUGGCCAACAGCAUGUAGCCGAACCGAGCUUGGACUUUUAAAUUCAGACAUUUUAACGGUUUCAUACGAGUUCAUAUAUAUUAUUUUUUUUUAUAUAUAAGCUGCCAGAGAAACAAACCGCUCACCGGAGAUGGGAGUCCCGGCGUUUUUCCGCUGGCUCAGCCGCAAAUAUUCGUCGAUAAUCGUUCACUGUGUGGAGGAGAAGGGUAAAGAGUGUAACGGGGUCCGUAUUCCUGUCGACACCACCAAGCCGAACCCCAACGAGGUGGAGUUCGACAACCUGUACCUGGACAUGAACGGGAUCAUCCACCCGUGCACACAUCCAGAAGACAAACCCGCUCCUAAAAACGAAGAUGAGAUGAUGGUCGCCAUUUUCGAGUACAUCGACCGCCUGUUCAACAUCGUGCGACCCAGGAGAGUUCUCUACAUGGCCAUCGACGGAGUGGCUCCUCGGGCCAAAAUGAACCAGCAGCGCUCUCGGCGGUUUCGGGCCUCCAAAGAAGGAGUGGAGCUGGUGGAGGAGAAGAAUCGCAUGAGGGAGGAGGUCAUCCAGAGAGGCGGUUAUCUUCCACCCGAGGAGAUCAAAGAGAGGUUUGACAGCAACUGCAUCACUCCAGGAACAGAGUUUAUGGACAACCUGGCUCAGUGUCUUCGAUACUACGUCGCGGACAGACUCAGCAAUGACCCCGGAUGGAGGAAUGUCGUAGUCUUCCUGUCUGAUGCCAGCGUGCCGGGUGAAGGUGAACACAAGAUCAUGGACUACAUCAGGAGACAGAGAGCUCAACCCAACCACGAUCCGAACACACACCACUGCCUGUGUGGCGCUGACGCUGACCUCAUCAUGCUCGGCCUGGCCACCCACGAGCCGAACUUCACCAUCAUCCGAGAAGAGUUCAAACCCAACAAACCCCGCCCGUGCGCCCUCUGCGGACAGAUCGGUCACGAAAUCAAAGACUGUCAGGGCGUCGCCAGAGAGAAGCAGGGACAGCACGAUGAGUUUGCGGACUCAAUGCCAGCGUCUGAGCAGGAGUUCAUAUUUAUCCGGCUCUGCGUGCUGCGGGAGUAUCUGGCCAGAGAGCUGACCAUGGCCAGCCUGCCGUUUCCCUUCGACUUCGAGAGGAGCGUAGACGACUGGGUCUUCAUGUGUUUCUUUGUUGGAAAUGAUUUCCUUCCACAUCUGCCGUCGUUAGAAAUCAGGGAGGGAGCCAUAGAUCGCCUGGUCAACAUCUACAAAGACGUCGUGCACAAGACUGGAGGUUACCUGACGGAGAAUGGCUACGUCAACCUGGAGCGGGUGGAGAUGAUCAUGCAGGCGGUCGGCGUGGCUGAAGACAACAUCUUCAAGAAACGCAAAGAAGACGACGAGAGUUUUAAGAGACGGAUGAAAGAAAAACGAAAGAGGGCGAAGCAGGCGGAGCGAGGUCCAGCCUACAUGACCACGGGCCAGUUUGCCCCUCAGGCUCUGGGGAGAAGAGACCGACCGGAGGCCGUCCAGAACGCUCGGCACCAGGCCUUCGACAUGAGGAUGCAGUCCAGGGAGCAACACAACAAGGAUGCCGCUCAGUCUCUGAAGGCCACGAUGAGGAACGGAGGAAACUCGUCUGCAGGGCCCAGCGACAGCUCAGACAGCCGCGGGGUGAAGAGGAAAGCCGAGGACAGCGACAGCGAGCCGGAGCCUGAAGACAACGUCAGGUUGUGGGAGGACGGCUGGAAGCAGAGAUACUACAAGACCAAGUUUGACGUGGACGUGACGGACGAGGACUUCAGGCGGAAGGUGGUCCGGUCGUACGUCGAAGGUCUCUGCUGGGUGCUGCGCUACUAUUACCAGGGCUGCGUCUCCUGGAAAUGGUACUUCCCGUUCCACUACGCCCCGUUCGCCUCCGACUUCAAAGACAUUAAAGGAUUGUUCACAGAGUUCGAGAAGGGGACCAAACCGUUCAAACCACUGGAGCAGCUGAUGGGAGUGUUUCCUGCCGCCAGUGGCAACUUCCUGCCGGAGACGUGGCGAAGCCUCAUGAUGAGUCCGGAUUCUUCCAUCAUCGACUUCUACCCCGACGACUUCGCCAUCGAUCUCAACGGCAAGAAAUACGCCUGGCAGGGCGUGGCCUUGUUACCUUUUGUGGAUGAACGUCGGCUGAGGGCGGCGCUGGCUGACGUCUAUCCCGACCUCACACCUGAGGAAGUGAGAAGAAACAGCCUGGGGAGCGACUUGCUGUUUCUCGGGAAGUCUCACCCGCUCUUCGACUUCAUCCACGAACUCUACCGAGCAGAAUCUCUCGAGGGCACUGAGAUCCCUGCAGAGCUGUGCCAUGGAAUCCAAGGUACAUUAAAUCUUGAUGACGACCCUAUUCUACCAGAUAAGGCGGUGACGUCGCCCAUCCCGAUGCUGCGAGACAUUUCACAGAACAGCGCCAUCGGGGUGAAGUACAAGGAUCCGCACUAUGCAGAAGACUUUGUGUUCAAGGCAGUUCUCCUGUCUGGAGCCAAGAUGCCCAAUAAAGUCCUGAAGCCGGGUGACUGGGAGCGAGGGAACAGGGAACCAUGGAGACCUCAGCUGGGCUUCAACCCAAACAGGCAGCAGGCUCACCUGGACCAGUCCGGCUUCAGAGCUCUAGGUCACAAUCUGAACAGAAACCAACACGGCAGAGGACAGUACAGCAACGCUCCGCCACCCGGCAACUACCAACAAGGAUACCGUCCUCAACACGGCGGGGGCCACCAGCCUUUCCAACAUUCCAGGCAGAACAGUUUGCUGGGAGCGCCUCCCCCCUUCCAGCAGCCUCAAUAUCCAAGGCAGCAGCAGCAGCAGUACGGAGGCGGAGGAGGAGGAGGAGGAGGAGGUCACGGCUGGGAUCGGGCCUCGCAGUCGCAGCAGUCGGCGUACCAGCAGAACGCGGUCCGCGGUCAGGGAGGGGCCGGUUCCAGCAGCUACCAGCAGCGCUACGAUCAGCGCCGAGACGGCUGGCACGAGCGCCGGGACGAUCACAGAGACGAUCGCAGGGACAACCGAGGGCAGCAUCAUCAGAGCUACAGCUCCAGCAGGAGUUACCCUCCACCUCCUCCAUCCAGACGCUACACCUGGAAAUAAAGCGACGCCCGGCUGGACUCUGGUUUGUCUUUGUACGAGACACGGCGUCUUUUUUCAUUUUAGUGUCUUUUUCUUGUACGAUUUAAAUUUUUUGGUUUUUCCUUUUUAUUCCACUUAGACAAAGUUGUUAUGUAACUUGUGAUUUUUAAGAUGAACGCCUGUAAAACUUGUAAAAAAAAAAAAAUAUACAAGUGAGUGAAGGAAGUGUCCGGCUGUUUGUCUGACCUGAUCUAU